CGGCGAUCUGCAAUCACAAGACCUCUCAUCUCCCGCUGCGGUGUGCAGAAGCUCAUCAUCUUCGUCACAGCCACCAUGAAGCUCGUCAGGUUUUUGAUGAAAUUAAACAACGAAACGGUAUCAAUCGAGCUCAAGAACGGCACUGCUGUUCAUGGAACCAUCACAGGUGUGGACAUAAGUAUGAAUACACAUUUAAAGACAGUCAAAUUGACAUUGAAGGGGAAAAACCCAGUGACUCUGGAUCAUCUCAGUGUAAGGGGAAACAAUAUCCGUUAUUACGUACUUCCUGAUAGCUUGAAUCUUGAGACUUUACUGGUUGAGGAGACACCUAGGGUGAAACCCAAGAAGCCAACUGCUGGGAAGCCCUUGGGACGUGGGUGUGGUCGAGGCCGUGGUCGUGGUCGUGGUCGUGGACGUGGCCGUUGAAUUGCAUAUUUAGUCUUUAUGGCUUGCAUUUGUAAACCUAUGUUAUAGCUAGAAUUUGUAGGGAGUAUCAGGGAUAUCAAAGCAGUGUUAAUGCUAAUUCCUCAUGUUGAGUUUGUCGAUUUUUCUAUUUUUUACGGUAAAGAGGGGGGUUCCUAUUUUCUUCGGAGUGCUUUCAGUGUUAUAGUGGAUAAUUCCUUGCCGUUGACCAGCAA